AUCGUAAAUUGUCAAAAUCCGAGUUCUGUCAUUUUUUUCAUUUCUUCAUGGUGUAACGUUAUGGGGUGUUGAACAUUUUGUGUGUAAAAAUCUAAAGUUGAAGGAAGAAAUGGAAAUGAUAACAUCGCGCGUUGCCCUCGGGAUAGCGGCAGGGAUUUGCGGCACAUUAUUUCUAGGGUAUUGCGUAUAUUUCGACCACCAAAGACACAACGACCCUGACUUUAAAAAGAAGUUACAUGAGCGACGACGCGCCAAGAAGAUGGCAGCCUCCUCAAACAAACGCACAACCGUUUUCCCAGACAUGAAGGACCACGAGGCUGUGCAGAGAUUCUUCUUGCAAGAAAUCCAGUUAGGGGAGGAGUUGCUCGCUGUGGGUGAUCUCGAGAAUGGGGUUGAUCACAUUGGGAAUGCCGUGGCUGUGUGUGGACAGCCCAAUGAUUUGCUUAAUCUCCUGCAACAGACCUUGCAGCCACAAGCGUUUCAUCUUCUUAUCCAAAGACUGCCGGCUGUUGCUCCUCGAAUUGUUAAAGCGACUCCUACAAUGCAGGAAGAAGAUGUGGAGUAGUUUAAUGCCUUCACUAGUCUCAUUUUUAGAACGUUUCAUCUAUUACAUCAGUAAAAUUGUUACAAAUGCAAUAUACUUGAUGAAUGUUUUGUAUGUUUUUAUUUGUUGUAAUUAUUUUCUGUAAAUAAAAACUGCCACCGGCCACGUC